GCAGGGCAGUGACUCCUUCAGCUCUCGGGCUCCUGACGCGGUGGAGAUGGCAGUGAACUUCACCUGCAGCUUCAUUUCCCUCUGCUGUCUGACACUCUGGAGCUUCACCGCGACUGCAGCUGUCACAAAAGUGCCACCACCCCACUCAACMGUGAGACCCGGCUCCCCCGUGCCAGUGAACACCAACAACCCCGGGGUCCGCCGGGCCGCUCGCUUUGGGGUCUACAGGUACAACAACAGCUCCAACGACCUCUUCCUGUUCAAGGAAUCACACAUACAGCAGGCCAUGGUCCAGAUUGUCAGAGGGCUGAAGUACAUGCUCCACGURGACAUCAAACGCACCGUGUGCGAGAAGAGGGAGCACUCCAGCCUGGACAGCUGCCACUUUCAGAGGAACAAAAACCUGCAACAGACGCUGAGAUGCUACUUUGAGGUCUGGAUCACACCCUGGACACACAAAGUACACAUCCCCAUUGCCCACUGUCACCAAGAGCCUUCCCUGUGAGAGCCUGACUUACAGGGCAUCUCCCACCACGAGCUUCCCUUGCCUGGACUGCUGAGAUCAAUAUUGAAGUGGGGAACGCACAGAACUGCCACAGAGCUUUUCUCUCAAAGCACAUCAGGUUGUUUUUUUCCUUCAGACACUCAAAAACAGGCAAGACCUGCCUUGACUGAAUGUAUCUCUAUGCACUUGUGUAUCUGUUUUUCCAAAWCUAAACUGCACACCAGCACCUGUUGUCCUUCAUUCCCCAUCCACGCUCUGUCUGAAUUUCCAWGCACUCCCAGGAAGUUCUGUUGCACUUGCUUUGUUCUGUGAUGAAAAUUCAUAAAUCUGUCAUGGAAACAAAUCUAACCCAGAGCACAUGUGACAGCAACCCCAAGGAAAGCCUCACAACAGUGGGGUGGUUUGCCUGGGGAUACACACACACAAGUUUUAAAAGGGAAAGGGUCAGACACAUCUGUCARGAAUGCAAGAGGGAGAGCUGUUCUUUUUUUUUUUAAGAGGUAUGGAUAAGGGUGUCUUUGAAACACAGACAGCCCA